GCAGGGAGCUCCUGUAGUACCGCAGGGCUCCACACGUCCCGGGUGGGCCGGUCCAAACCCUGAGUCCCGCCUGGCGGGGAGAUGCCAGGGGCCCGUGUGUGUGUGUGUGUGUGUGUGUGUGUGUGUGUGUGUGUGGAGAUGCCAUUAGAAUUCUUACAGAUACUGAAAGUGAAAUGAGGAAAUGAUUGGGCAAUCGGAUGGAAGGGCCGGUGCCAGGAAGACCUAUCACCCACUGGGGGCCGGGAUGCAGCUGGGCAGACGCGGGGAGACCCCGGGGAGCUCUCCCGGGGGCCACGGCACAGCCAGGCCAUGUAGUCGGUGUGGGACCUCAGCAAGCACCGCUCACAGGAAAUGAUCCCUUCCCUGCGGCCACUUUCUCGAAAGGCCCGGACCUUCCAAGUCCCCCGAGUGCCAUGGAGGGCUGCGCGGAAGGCGAGCGGUCACGCCUUCGUCCUCGCCCGGAGAGGGGAGAAGAAAUGAAAGUGAAGGAGCCUCCCGGCUCGCGCCCCAAAGACGCAGCGCUGCUGGCCGUGACCCUGCUGCUGGCGCUCACGUCCUGCUGCCUGUCGGUGGUGUCCCUGUGCAGGGUGGCCGUCUUGCAAGCCGAGCUGGGGAGCCUGCGGGCGGAGCUGCGGGGGCUCCGGGAGCCCCGCGAGCUUCGGGCUGAGCCGGGCCCUCCCAGGGCGGGGGCCGCAACCCCCGGGGCGUCCGGCGCGCGCCUGGCCCCCGCGGUCCCUAGCGCGCUGAAAGGGAUCUUUGCACCAGCCCCGGCGGGAGAGAGCAACUCCAGCCAGAGCGGCAGAAGGAAGCGCGCCGCUCUGGGUCCCGAAGACACAGUCAUUCAAGACUGCUUGCAACUGAUCGCAGACAGCGACACACCUACUAUACGAAAAGGAGCCUACACGUUCGUUCCGUGGCUGCUCAGCUUUAAAAGAGGAAGGGCCCUGGAAGAAAAGGAAAAUAAAAUCCUGGUGAAAGAAACCGGUUACUUCUUUAUAUACGGGCAGGUUUUAUACACGGAUAACACCUUUGCUAUGGGACACCUAAUACAGAGGAAAAAAGUCCACGUCUUUGGGGACGAACUGAGUCUGGUGAAUUUGUUCCGAUGUAUUCAAAAUAUGCCUGAAACACUACCCAAUAAUUCCUGUUAUUCCGCUGGCAUCGCAAAGCUGGAAGAAGGAGAUGAACUCCAAUUGGCAAUACCGCGGGAAGACGCUAAAAUAUCGCAAGAUGGAGAUGGCACGUUUUUUGGAGCAUUGAAACUUCUGUGACCUACUUCUACCUUGUUCGCGGCGAAUUCCUUCCUUUCUCUGUGCCUCUAAGGAGAGAACACUUCGCUGGAAAUGCCAGAGGAAGAAAACCAGGAGUUACCGAACUCUUUUCUGUGAGCUAUUUGUUUUGAUUUGCUGAACCUAGAGCAAAACAGGAAAUUGAACAGACAGCCGCAGCCCAGGGGUGUCAUGUGAAUUACAAGAAAUAGAACCCGUUUGAGGAAAGAUAGAAGUAGCCCUCUCACUAUAAAAGCCACGUUGAGCAACUUAGGCAUCGCGGCUUGGCUGGUAGCAAACACAGGUUUCCGAGGGGCGAUAAUCCUAUUUCUUCCUAAACGGCAUUCCGUUGUGCGCCGGGGAACAAGUGCCCAUGUCCGCAGGACCUUAAUUGAGACAUUUUGGGAAAUCUCAGGAUUCAUCCCCUCUAUAUUAAAUAUGCCCCUCCCCCACCUCUUCCAGUUAACGUUGUAGGAAGUAAGAAAAAAAAAA